GUGGAUAUGUACUGUUGUUGGAUCUUUAUCCUGUUUGUAGCGACAAUGAUGACCACGGACUACGAGAACUGGCAUUUGCAAUUGAAGAAUUGAGGUUUUUCUAUGAUUACAUUUGGAGAGUGACUGACGAAGAAGAUUGUGAUGAUUGUGUGUACGUCACAAGAAGCCUUCAACCCAGACUGAAGCUAUACUAUGAGAUGAAAAUGAAUCCCACUUCUGCGGAUGCUAAGAAGUACACUGAAGUGAUUCAAGAAUACCAGGCAGUGUAUCGAGAACUUGUACGCAAGCGCCUUGCUCUACCAGACGACAGUGAUCUAUCGGACCAGGAGAUGAGUGAGAAGGACUUGCUACAAAUGACCAAUUCAUACGAAUAUUUAGCUCAGUUGUCCAAGACCCUAUCAGUAAUGGAGACACCAGUAUUGAGAAAGUUAUUCGGCUGCACUGACUCAACUAGCGGCACGUAUCCUAGUUGUGAAGCAAGGGGUCGGAGGCCCGACGGCUCUACCGUGACCCAUAUAGUAUGUAACAAGUUGAAAGCUUUCAUGGUACAGAACUUGGCGAGUGAUACUGAAGUGAUGCAUCACAAAUCCUUAGAUGAUGCUUUGCAGAUUACUUUUGAUGGCGAUGACGUUCUGCUGUAUCCCAGUACUUACUCCUCAUGGCGUCUUGGCAACAUGCAGCAGUCCAUCACCAUAAAAGGUGUUGGGGAACAGGGUGACGUGAUCAUCGAUACAGACGACAUCCCGGUAGAAAUCUCGUCAUAUGAGUUUGUCAUCGACAACGUCAUGUUUACGUGCGACUCUCACUCCAGUUCCGACCCCGUGCUUCGGGUUAAGAGGGGGAAUUGUGAAGUAAGGAAGUGCAUGUUCCAGGGUGGCAGUGUGGGAAUUCUAGCACAUGGACAGUGUUCCCUUGUCGUUAGAAAUUGCAGUAUUCAAGGAGCGAGUAAAGCAGGUUUAGUUAUUAAUCAAGGAUGUUCGGUAACUUUGACGGACAAUUCAAUCGUGCAAUGUGGAUCGUGUCAACCUCGUGGGGGCGUAGUCUGUGGGAAAGAUACUGGUGCAGUCCUGAUUUACAUGGAUGAUGUUAACGACGAGAAGACUAAGCUUACAUUAAAAAAUAACAAGUUGAUUGAGAAUUACAGCUUCGACAUCUGUUUGGUUGCAAGUGAUGUGAAAGACAAUACAAAGAUUAUGACGUCAAAUGAAUUUCUCAAUCACCCAAUGAUGCAUGUUGAGCUGAAGGAAGACAAUGAGUUAAAAAUUCAAACUAUCGCCGUAGUAGGCUCUUAGGAUAAUUUGUACUCCAACAAUGUUAGUUUACCGGAAUAAAUGUAGGCCCUAUUGUAAAGUUUAUAUUGAUACUUAAUAACGGUGAACUCGACGCAUGCUUAAUUUAUCUUUAAAGUUUAUUUACCUUUAAAAAAGUAUAAAACAUAUAUAUGGCCUAUCGUAGCUAUUGUCGCAAUAGUUUAGUGAAAAGAUAUACGCCAAUAAAUGAAAUACAAUUUUCAAUGGAAAUGAUAGGCAUAAAUGA